GUCACGGGUCAGAAGGCGGAGGCGCGCCCAAGAUGGCGGCCUUCAUGGGCGACGUGUUCUCCUUCUGCGUGGGCGUGGCGGGCCGGGCCCGAACCGCCGUGGAAGUCCGCUUCGUGAACAGCUCCAAGGGGAAGGGGCUAUUUGCCACACAGCUGAUCCGGAAGGGGGAGACCAUCUUCGUAGAACGGCCUCUGGUGGCUGCGCAGUUUCUCUGGAAUGCACUUUAUCGCUACCGAGCCUGUGACCACUGCCUGCGGGCACUGGAGAAGGCAGAGGAGAAUGCCCAGAGGCUGACUGGGAAACCUGGCCAGGUGCUGCCUCACCCUGAGCUAUGCACCGUGUGCAAGGACCUCCACCAGAACUGUCCCCACUGCCAGGUGAUGUACUGCAGUGCAGAAUGUCGGCUGGCAGCUGCUGAGCAAUACCAUCGGGUUCUGUGUCCAGGCUCCUCCCAGGAUGACCCCCUGCAUCCUCUCAAUAAGCUGCAGGAGGCAUGGAGGAGUGUUCACUAUCCCCCUGAGACUGCCAGCAUCAUGUUGAUGGCCCGAAUGGUGGCCACAGUGAAGCAGGCUAAGGACAAGGAUCGUUGGAUCAGGCUCUUCUCCCAGUUCUGUAAUAAAACGGCCAACGAGGAGGAAGAAAUUGUCCAUAAACUCCUAGGGGACAAGUUCAAGGACCAGCUGGAACUUCUGCGGAGACUCUUCACAGACGCCCUUUAUGAGAACGCACUCAGCCAGUGGUUCACUCCAGGUGGAUUCCGGUCUCUCUUUGCUCUUGUUGGGACCAAUGGCCAAGGAAUUGGAACCAGUUCCCUGAGCCAGUGGGUCCAUGCCUGUGACGCCCUGGAGCUGAAGCCUCAGGACCGCGAGCAGCUGGAUGCCUUCAUCGACCAGUUGUACAAGGACAUCGAGGCAGCAACUGGCGAGUUUCUAAACUGUGAAGGAUCAGGCCUCUUUGUGCUUCAGAGCUGCUGCAACCACAGCUGUGUCCCCAAUGCAGAGACCUCCUUCCCAGAAAACAACUUCCUUUUGCAUGUCACCGCCCUGGAGGAUAUUAAGCCAGGAGAGGAAAUCUGUAUCAGCUACUUAGACUGCUGCCAGCGGGAGCGCAGCCGCCACAGCCGCCACAAGAUUCUCAGGGAGAACUAUCUGUUUGUCUGUUCCUGCCCCAAAUGCCUGGCAGAGGCUGAUGAACCUAACGUGACCUCGGAGGAGGAGGACGACGAGGAAGAGGAAGGAGAGCCGGAAGAUGCAGAGCUGGGGGAUGAGAUGACUGAUGUGUGAUGUCACCCUGCCUGGAAGGGGCCCUACCCCAGACGCUGCCAGAAAAGGGGGCCUUUCCUCAGAGAAGAGGCUUGGAAGGAGCUCCCCACUCCCAUUGCCUGCAUCCCCCCAUUCCAGCUCUGUGUCUGCUGGAGGGUAGGACAAAGGCUGGACCCUAGGCCUCCCACCCCCCACCAGACAUCGUGCCCUGGACAGUGCUGCUGAGCGGCUCAGGCUCUGUACUAUCACUGAGCCUCUCAGAACUGGCCUCCCCCCUGAAGGACUCCACUUUAAAGUGUGAGCAGCUGGAGCCAAGGUCAGGGCCUAAGUGUUUCUUCCCCUUGGCCCCAUGGCCACGCUUACCCAUCCACCUGAGGCUUCACCCCUCUCAACUUGCUAUGGAGGGGUAACAAAGUGGCGAUUUGAGAACAGCCUUACUUCAUUGAAGAAGAAAGGAGUGAGAUGUCUUCACCUUCUUCCCCACCUCCCACCGUUGCCGCUGAUAAGGCAACUGCCUGACCGCUAGCACAGCUGAGAGGCAGGAUGGAAGAACGGGGCCUCCAGACACCUUCUGUAAGGCUCUCUGCUGGGGAACUGAACCAGGGGGAUAACUUCCCUCUUCCCAGCUUCCUACUCCUGCCAUUUGGACAUCUGGAGGAGUAGAGUUAACCCCUUCCCCAAACUCCAGAAUCUGUACCUUGUGCCUUGCCUCUCAGGCCCUGGCACAGUGGCUGGCCCCAUGGGUAUGGAAGAGGCCUCUGCCUCCCUCAGGAGGGGCAUGUGGGGGAUCAUCACCCCUUCCUAACACCUUCCCAUUGAGGACUAGCAGCAUGGUUGAGACCUGGGGGUGACAGGCCUGUGCUCCUUAAUUUAGGAUGCUCGAAUCUUCCCUGGGACCAGUUGAACAUGGGUCAGUGAGGGGCUCUCCUGGCCUCAGUCUCCAUCUUUAGGGUCUCUGCAGAGGAACAUUGAAGUCUUCCAGAAACCUAGAGGAGCUGGGCUAGAUACACGGAGAUUAGCCCUGACAGUGUCCCCCUGCCCCCAGAUUAGCACUACGACUCACUCGGGUUGGGUGCUGUGGGACUUAUGUGGGACAUCUCUGCAGUUCCUUUCUGCUUACCUUCCCUGAGAGGCCUGCCACAUCAGCCUGCUGAGGGAUCCCAGGAAGCCAGGUGCCUGCUCCACAGGCCCUUUCCUGGAUCAUGAGUCAGGUGGAGCCCGCCUGUCAGCCUGUUGGGUUCUUACUCCUUCACAGCAGGCAGCAUCCGUCCCACCCCUGCCUGCCCACUGUUCUCAAUAAAAUGUGAGUGGUAACAGG